GGUGGACAACGCAGACAAAGCGUCUCUUGUACCACGCACAAAGGACUUCCUACGGCGGAGGAGCUGGUGCAUGCCGUUAUGUAUGAUGCACACCACUCCCUUCAAGGUUCCCUCGAGUCCCUGAUCCAUCAUCGAGAAUCGUGCUGCUGGCCAGCACUCCCAACCCAAGCCAACCCAACCGCCAAAAGACCAACUCAAGCAGCAACCUCAACCAUGUCCGACCCAAACCCAACCUCCUCCACCCCUGAGCCUUGCUCAAACAUCUGCUGUGAGCCAUUCUUCGCCCACUCCGACAAACCCAUAACCACUCCAUCCAGCCUCUCCAACCCCAUCUCCGCCCUCUUCGCCUCAUCCCAAUUCAAUCCGCAAUCAGAUCCCAAACAGGCAGCCCACGCUCCGGCUUUCAACUACGCCGCCAUUGAACCCGCCCUCCGACUCGCUUCCCGCUUCCUCACGCUCGACAGCGUCGUGAAACUCAUCGUCGUCAUGGCCGACGGAGAUUUGCGAGUCGAAGAUGCGAACGGAGUAUUCCAGGCGAGCACCUGGGCGGACGUGGAUGCAUCCCGCGCGGCAGCGAGGAAUCCAGCCGAUCGCUACAGUGUACCCAGUCAUCAUCCCAAACCCGAGCACGAAGUCGUGGACGAUACGAUGCGUCGUCGCGCCGAGGAGAUCCUGACUCAAAUCAUUCCCUUGUUCGACAUCGACAUCUACACAUACGGCGGCACAGGCGGCAGGAAAGUCCAAAGCUCCGACUCACUCCCCGAAGACCUCUUGGCAACCUUCCCGCGCGGACGACAAUGCACCGUCAAAAUUGGCGCGCAUCUAUUCUGGCACAUCGAUUUCGCCAUGCGAUGGCUCGAAGCAGGUGCGGGUCCACGGCUGGAGUUUUCGUACCAUGGACGGACGGCCCUGUCGUAUUACUUGUUCCAAUUCGCAACCACGCUCGUGCAUGAGCUCUUUCAUGUGCUCGAGACGGCGCACAAUGGACUCUCCCCGUAUACCGAGACGUUCUACGGCGAUUCUGCCCUGUCUGAAUGCGGGUACGUUGUUGAGGAUGCCAUAUUCGGUGGUUACCUGACGUCGUUGGACAUCAGCGCGCCGGAGACGACACGACUGGCAUUCUGCGCGGAGGCGAUGGAGAGGCAGCGUCGUGGACGGUCGAUCGGGAGCUCGACACCCAAGAUGAUGCUGGUCCCGUGGCCAUCGCAUACUUGCUUCCAGCACUACAAGCACGUCAAAUGCAAGUUCGGUGUGCGUCGAAACCACAUCGGACCUAUCGCCGAUGUGGUCGAGCGAGUAGACAUGAGUUUUGUGGAGCAGC